CCUCUAUUUAUCAACUUCUUCGUUUCAUGCUCUACCGUCUCCGCCCUUUGCACCAAACAAGCGCUUCCCUUUCCCAAAGAUGAGGAGUUGGAGAAUUGCUUUAUCUGCCUCAGCUACUUCUUCUGCAUGGACCUCUGUUGCUCAGCUUGCAGAAAUGGGUAAUACCAAAUCUGCCUUGUUCACAUUGCUUUCUUCUUUCAAUACCCUCACUCAUGGAAGCACCGAGUUCAAGAAAUCUCUAAGAAACAAAGUCAUACAUGAGUUUGAUAAAACUGAUGAUGCCCUCACCUUGUUUAAUGAGAUGCCCCGUUCGUGUCCCUAUCCUUCUCUGGUGGAAUUUGAUCAACCGUUAACUGUGGUUGUUAGAAUGAAAAAUUAUGAAGCUACUGUUUCUUUAUGCAAACUGAUGGAAUUGGAGGGAUAUAUCCACAAUGGUUUUAGUCUUAGCAUCCUCAUUAAUUGCUUCUGUCAUUUGGGUUUGGUGAAUUUUGGUUUCUCUACUCUGGGGAAAAUGUUCGAGCUUGGUUUUGAUCCUGAUGUUAUAACAUUCAACACACUGAUCAAUGGAUCGUGUGUGGAAGGGAAAGUGUGUGAGUCAAGGAGGGUGUUCGAUGACAUGGUUUGGGAUGGAUUUCAUCCUGAUUUAAUUACAUACAGUACCUUAGUAAAUGGUUUGUGUAACAUAGGAAAGUCUGGUGAAGCUGUUAGGUUGAUGAAGAGGAUGGAAGAAGGUGGUUUCCUGCCAAAUAUUGUCAUAUACGGUACAGUCAUUGACAGGCUUUGUAAGGAUGGGCUCAUAAUUGAGGCCUUAAAACUCUUCUCUGAGAUGAUUGAUAAAGGAAUCAUCCUGGAUGUUUUCAUUUGUAGCUCAUUGAUUCAGGCUAUGUGUGGUUCAAGAAAGUGGAAGGUGGCUAAAAGUUCAUUGGAUGAAUUGGUCGGAAGAUCAAACCUGAUGUUGUCGCCUAUAAUAUAAUAACAGAUACACUUUCUAAGGAAGGGAUGGUGUCAAAGGCUCAAGAUGUAGUUGAAGCAAUGAUUAGGGAAGGCAUUUAGCCUAAUAUUGUCACUUACGGUGCAUUGGUGGAUGGAUAUUGUUUGCUUGGAGAAAUGGAUGAGGCAAUAAAGGUAUUUGCUUCAA